GCAUAUGUUUCUAUUCAAUUGUAAUGUGCCCAGGCUUAUGUGUAGUGUGUGUGGUAUGACACCUGUAAAGGAGAGAAUGACAAGUAUAAUAAGAACCCUAUCCAUCCUCCACAGAUGCCUUAUUUCCUGGGCAAAUUCUGUGUACUUACUGACUUUUUCAGUACAUGUGUUUUGUACAUUGUGAGUGUUUGGAAUGGAUAUGUCUAUAAGUUCAUCAGGUGUGGAUAUUCAAUCAUCAGAUAUAUUUCAAGAUUUAAAAUCUGAUGAAGAUAUUAUUUCUGAAAAUAAAGACCAUGACAUUGAACAACCAGCAAUAAAUAAUGGAAAUGUAGAAAUAAUCAUUGAUAGUGAUUCUUCAAAUCAUUUCCAAACAACAGAAGUAAGUAAUGAGGGAAUAGAAUUACGUAAUGAUGACAAUGCUAACUAUUUUAAAGCUUCAGAGAAUUGUUAUGAUUUUUCUAACUAUCCUAUACAAAUUACUGGUGCUUGGAAAGAAUUUGAAAAAAUUACAGAAAAUUAUACUAAAGGAUGUAAAUGGUCUCCUGAUGGAAGCUGCUUUUUAUCAAACAGCAAUGACAAUAGUCUUCGUAUUUUUAAUCUUCCAGAAUGUUUAUGGCAAAAGUCAAUAACUUGGGAAUCUGUCAGUGAAUUGCAAGCUGUGUUAUUUCUUCAAGAAAGUGGGUUAAUUUAUGAUUAUUGCUGGUAUCCUUUGAUGUCAUCAUUUGAUCCAGUUACAUGUUGUUUAGCUUCCUCUAGUCGGCAUAAUCCUGUUCAUAUGUGGGAUGCCUUCACUGGACAACUUCGUUGCACAUAUAGACCAUAUAAUAAUGCUCUUGAUGAGGACACAGAUAAUAAUAAUGAUGCUCACUUGAUUUGCUAUGGACAGUUUAUAGAUAGUAACAACAUUGUAGAAGACCUCUUUUGUAAAAAAAAUAAAGACGGGCAAGCUGGAAUAAUUUCAUGUUUUGCCUUUUCUUCUUCAAGUAAUCAUCUGUUUGCUGCUGGUUCCUACUGCAGAACAAUUGGUAUAUAUUCUGCUCAAGAAUUGGAUUUGCUUUUUCUCUUAUCUGGACAAAUGGGUGGAGUAACUCAUUUAAUAUUUUCAUCGGAUGGCAUAAAAUUAUUCAGUGGAGGAAGAAAGGAUUGUGAAAUUCUUUGUUGGGAUAUCAGAAAUCCAGGAAAAGUGUUUUAUAGUAUGCGACGAAUUGUUACAACAAAUCAACGAAUGUAUUUUGAUAUAGACAGCACUGGCCAAUACUUGAUAAGUGGAAAUGAAAAUGGAGUGAUCACUGUUUGGGAUUUAAAUAAACCACCUGAAAAUAUAUCUGGUGAAAAUGAACCCAUUUUACAUCCAAUUCUAUUCUUUCAAGCCCAUAAUGAUUGUGUAAAUGGAAUCAGUAUUCAUCCAUCACUUCCUCUUUUAUUAUCAUCGUCCGGUCAGCGACAGUUUCCAGAACCAGAAGAUUCAGAAGAUAGUGGUAAUGAGACAGAAAAGGAAUGCAAGUCUGAGAAUUCUAUUCGUUUGUGGUGGAAUGGUAAAAAUGAGAACUAAGACAAAAAUAUUAGUGGUUUUUCACUGUAAAUA